ACAGCAUACAUGUAGAUGUUGUUGACAGUGUCCGGGCACCAACAGGACAGGAUCACAAACAUGAAGCUGAUUCUGAUCCUCUCUCCUAUCAACAAAACCCCUCGUAGAAUCCCACUCCAUUUGAUGCCAAUGCUGGAAUAGGAGCCAGACAGUCCGAUGCUGAUCUCUGUACUGGCUAUGAGAGUUUUGAUUAUGAAACUAAGAGCUUUUGUGGUACUUUGGUUGAGGAUAUUAUCAUAUCACUUGACGUACACUCACAAGAUGCAGAAAUAAUCACUCAAAGAAAGUUUUGGGAUGUCAUCCUUCAUCAGAAAAUUCCAGUGACCACAUGCCUAGUAGCCUUCAUGGGUCUACCUUGCACUGGAAAGACGACAGCCAUAGAGGGGAUGCUUAAAGAGUUUAUAAAGCUAAAAGAAGGGUUAACAUUUAGCUUUGACGACUACAUGAAAAGAAAAAGAAACAACGAGUGUCUCUCAAUCUACGAGUUGUGCGUGCUUGGUGGCUUGCCACAUGACGAGUAUGCAUGGUCCUUUGCCACUAAUCGCUAUGGUGCAAUUAAUUCGAUCAUUUGCUCUCUUGCACGUCAGUAUUCUUCAAUUACUGAAGCUGUUUUUGAGUUAACUAAGAAAAAGCCAGAAUCAUUCGUUGAUAAGCACGUUCAAUGGCUGAUGGAGGAGGUCAGCAAUCACUUGGGAAAGAUCAAAGAGGAAAGAAUGAAGCUGUCACUCAUUCAAGAUGGUAUCUCGCUCAUCAAUGUCAUGGAUGUUGGGGUCAAUAAAGCUAUUUAUGAUUUUCUGUCGAUAAUGUUAUUGUCUUGCAAGAGACAUUUUCGUGUUGCUUUCUUCUCAUUGGAUAGAGAUGCUCCUCACCUUAAAGAGGUUCCUGAUUUAUCUCAUAGCCGUUAUGACAAGUGUAAUGAUAGCAAAAUAGUUAUGAGAGAAAGGUCUCGACUUUCAUAUCUCCUCCAUUUUGGUACUCUUGGUUAUAAGAAAAAUGAUCCUGACGCCAUUGAUGCAUGCAACACAGUAAUGGUUGCUACAAAAGAAGGAAGCACUUUCUCUGAUGCUGUCACUGCGCCUGAAGAAGACUCUGUAAAAGAAGCAAAGCAAGCAAUAUUAAAGGAAGCAGAGAAUGAAGGUGUUGACAAGUUCCUGAAGGAAUGGGAGCUUGUUAAUUUGAGGGAUACAGGUACCUUAAAGAGCCUUGGUAAGACUCUUCAGGAUAUCAUUAAAAAGGUCGAUCAGUACAAACUUGACCUUCCUCUUUGUUGGAUCAUAUUGCGUAGUCUCGUUUCGUCACUAAACCCACAAUCUUCCCAUCAGCCCAAUUCAAAAGCUAUUAUUAUGCAUAAAGAUUUUAUAAUCAGAGAAGCCGCUCAUCUGAAUAUGAAUCUAAAAGAUGUGGAAGAUUUUCUCGUUGCCUUCACUGAGUUUGGUAGCAUUCUAUACAUGCCUCAAUUUGAAGAUAUCAAGCAUCUGGUCAUUGUCGAUAUUUAUGGAUUCACUCAGUUACUUGACAAAUUGUUCUAUCCUCCUAAUCCUGAGGCACCAGAUGCCAAGCGUCUAUUGAAGUAUGGUAUCAUUUCACUCCAGUCUAUUCAGGCAUUGUUAGGCAUUGAUGUUGUGAACAGUUUAAUGGAAAUACUGACAUCAUUUGUAAUGGUUGCUAAAAUAAAGAGUGAGAAAUCUAUUCUCAUUGAUGAUGCACCCCUUGAGCCUGGUGUGUACUACUAUAUUCCUUCAGCUAAAAGUGGUGAUAACUACANCCCAUCGGAGAAUGAUGAUGAUUGUGCUUUCCUUGAAGUAGCGAGCGUUAACUUUCCGGCUAAUUUUCAAGCAUGCAUCAGUCAAGGAGUAAUGAAGGAGAAUGACGAUGUUCUUCUUUGUCCCAUUGAAUAUUCAAACGUCACAAAAUUUGAGUUUCAAUCUAAGGGCAGUACUCCUGGUGUUCGAAUUGACUUGAUUUAUGAAGGACAGAAAUCCAGGCUCCUAGUAUGACACAAUAUUAACGCCACCACAUUUGAGUCUGUAGUUGAUGCGUGUACAAAAGUUUUUUAUGCUUUCUGUCACUGCUUGGGUAGAAGAGCUAAUACAAUUCGAGACUUGAGACACGAAGUUACAAUUCCAUGUGGCCAUAAGAAGGGUAAACGACACACACUCUACUGCAAUAAAGAGCUUGAGGAAUGUACCUGUUUAGAGGCAAUCGAUCAAAAUAGCUUUAGAUCAUGCUGGGUUGAAGCAGCGAAAAAGUGUAGAGAAUUGAAGCACAGUGCUGAUAAGAUAGCUGAGAAUGGUGAUCCAAUAGGAUCUAACACAAUUAUUGAAGUUGGAGAAUGGCUUGAAAAAUCUGAUAUAGAUGUAUCUAGACUUGCUAAAGUACUACAAAUCGAAGCACCUCCGGAUCUUAGUGACAAAAAGAAAGCUGCCAUGAUAAUCCUGUUGGCUUGGGAGAAGAAAUGUGUUAACGCUUCUCUUCUGGAAGAAAAA